AUGCGGCCGCUGCGCGCGCUGCUCGUCCUCGCAGCCGUCGCCGGCGCCGCCCGGAGGCGCGGCAAGACCUGCGUGCUGACCAUCUCCUGCCUCAACAACUUCGCGCACGUGCUCAGCUUCUUCGAGGCAGCCCGGUCCGCGAACCCGCAGAUCGACUGCUGGGCCUGGGCCAUCGCGGACCGGCCCGAGUUCUACGCCGGCGCGAGCCCGCUGCUCACCGCCGAGGCGCGCGACGCCGUCGCCGCGCUGCGGCGCGCGCUGCCGGCCUACGCGACCGCCGUGACGCUCGACGACCUCCAGGCCGUCGCCGACUUCCCGCUCCUCGAGCUCGCGUUCAAGUACGGCCUCGUCGAGUUCAACACGGCCAUCAAGGCCCACGCCGUGACCUACGCCUUCGACGUGCUCGGCGGCGCCAAGUGCCUCUACUUCGACAACGACGUCUGGGUGCUGCGGAGCCUCUGGGAGAUCGAGGCGCUGCUCGACGCCGCGAGCGUCGUCGUCGCGCCCCACGUCGCCGAGCCCAACCCCCUCGACGGCCUCCGGCAGACGGACGCGCAGAUCGGCCAGGCGGGCAUCUUCAACUUUGGCUUCGUCGCGUUCCGCGACGCGCCGGGGGCGCGCGCGUUCCUCGCGUGGUGGUCGCAGCGGCUCCGGCACUCGACGGGCCCCGAGCUCGCCUGGGACCGCGGGUCGCUGACCGUGCGCGGCGAGCCCGUCGUCUUCGUCCACUUCUCCGGCGUGUCGAACUUCGAGCACUACGACCCGAGCCGCAUCUCGCGCCACCAGACGCGCUACCGCGUCGAUGACUUCCCCGCCCUCGGGCCCCUCCUGGCGGCGUACACGCGGCGGCUCCUCGACCGCAACGCGUCGCGGUCGCGGUACCGCGCCGUGCCCUACGGCUACGCGUUCUUCGACGGCGGCGCGUACGUCGCCUGGCCCGCGGGCGCGGCGCCCGGCGACGCGGUCGCGGCGCUCUCGACGUCCGCGCCGCCGCCGGGCGCCUUCGCCGGCUGCGCGGCGCCCUUCGCCGCCGACCCGCCGCGGCCGCCGCCUGUGCCGCCGCGCGUGGAAUUCCCGCGGCCGUUCCUCCGGCUCGCGGCGCCGGCGCCGCCGCGCCCGGCGCCGCCGUUCCGCGCCUGGGGCCUCGGCCUCGCCGUCGUCGCGCUCGCGUCGGCGAUCGCGCGCCAGGGGCGGGACCCGCCGCUCGACGCCCGAGGCGCCGCGGGCGACGGCGACGGCGAUGCCGCGGCCGGGUCCGACGCCGACGACGCGACGCUCGUCGUCGACUCCGACACCGAGGACGACGAGGAGGCGCCGCCGCCGGCCCAGGACGCCGACGGCGCGGCCCUGGGCAAGAUGUCGCCGCGGCGGCGCCGCGCGGCCGCGGAGACGCGGCAGGCGCUCGUCGCCUGGCUCGCGGUGCUGGCGCUCCUCAUCUCGUGCUCGUUCCUCGCGGCCUACGUGCGGCACCUCCGCGGCGGCGACGCCGUCGGCGGCGGCGGCGGCGGCGCGCGGCCCGCCGAGGCGCUCGCGGGCGCCGCCCGCGGGGACGCGGAGGCCGUGCCGCGCCUCGGCGCGCCGCCCGUCGCGCCGGGCGCCGUCGUCGGCGGCUACGUGCUCCGCGAGCUCGAGCGCGCGGCCGGGUCGCAGCGCCUCGAGGCGCCGCUCGCGGGCGUCGCGCACUUCACGGCGGCGCUGCCGCACCCGACGAAGGCGCUGCCGCCGCCGCCGCCGCCCGAGGCCGCGGGCGGCGGCGCGGUCGUCGCGGGGUCGUCGUUCCGCUGGCGGUUCACGCGCCGCGUGAACCGGGGCGCGCACGGCGAGGUCUGGCGCGGCGAGCACGCGGCGACGGGCGGCGCGUUCGUGCUCAAGCGCAUGUUCCUCGAGAAGGGCGGCCACGUCCGCGAGGCCGCGGCGCGCGAGGUCUUCUUCGGCGAGGCGCUCCGGGGCGCGCGCGGCGUCGCGGGCUUCGUCGAGCGCUUCCGCGACGGCGGCGACCUCUGGCUCGUCUUCGAGGACGCGGGCGUCACGCUCCACGACUACGCGUUCUCGCCGACGUCGUCGGGCCUCCUCGAGCCGUCGGAGUCGUGGCGCGCGCUCCGGCGGAGCGCGGAAGGGCCCGCGUGGUUCCGCGACCUCGCGCGAAAACUCCUCGCGGGCGCCGCGGAGCUCCACGGCCGCGGCGUCGUCCACCGCGACCUCAAGCUCUCGAACGUCGCCGUCGCGCUCGGCGACGACGGCGCGCUCCGCGUCGCGGUCAUCGACCUGUCGAGCGCGUGGUCGCCGGCCGCGGAGGCCGCGGGGCUCUUCGGCGAUUUCGGGCCGUCGCGCGAGGAGGAGACCGUCGAGUACAUGCCGCCCGAGGUCCUCUUCGCCGACGAGGACACCUUCUACGCGCCGGCGCCGGCCUACGACGCCUGGAGCCUCGGCGUGCUCCUGCUCGAGCUCCUGCUGGGCACGCGGCAGGCGCUGACCGUGGACCAGCGGACGCGCGCGGUGCUGAGCUGGCGGCUUCGGCGCGAGGCGCCCGCGGACGUCGAGCGCGCGCUGCUCCGCGCGGCGCUCGCGGACCUCUGUAUCUUCCCCGGCGUCGCCGCCUGCGGCGACGACGACUUCGCGGGCGAGCUCCAGCGGCGCGACCCGCUCGAGAUCGGCUACGACCGGUUCCUCGGCGUCGACGGCGUCGACCUGCUGCGGCGCCUGCUGGCCCACGACCCGCGGGACCGGCUCCUCCCCGCGGACGCGCUGGCGUCCCACGCCUUCUUCCGCCGGGACCAGGCGCGCGCGCUCGCGGGCGACGCCGCGGUCGCGCUCGACGCGCGGGAGUACCGCGUGCCGGGCCACCGGCGCUCCUUCGGGGUCUGGGAGAGCUGCCGCGUCUACGCCGCGGCGAAGCGGCCCGGCGCCUUCUGCGUCUACGACGCGUCGACCCUCCCGGGCUGCCUGUCCACGCACGCGCUGCUCCCCGACGACCCGCGGUCCGGCUUCUGCGACGUCCGGGGCCGCCGCGAGACCAUCGAGGACCACUACGCGGUCGCGUACCGCGAGAACUUCACGCUCUGGGGCGUCUUCGACGGCCACGAGGGCCGCGAGGCCGCGCGCUACGCGGCGCACGCGCUGCCGCGGCUCCUCGAGGAGAAAGCCGACCUCCGGCGGCCGCGCGCGGCGGACGUCGCGGCCGCGUUCCGCGCGGCGGACGCGGGCUUCGCGGCGCUGGGCCGCGACCGGCUCGGCACGCGGCGGCGGUCGGGCACGACGGCGACGGUCGCCGCCGUCGCCGACAACGGCGCGCUCCUCGUCGCGAACGUCGGCGACUCGCGCGCCGUGCUCUGCUGCCGCCCGUGCUGCGGCGCCGACGGCCGCGCCGUGGACGCGUCCUACGACCACGUCGCCGCGGACGCGGCCGAGGCGGCGCGCAUCGUCGCCCUCGGCGGCGCCGUCGACGCCUCCGGCGCCGUGCCGCGCGUCGAGGGCCGCGUCGUCGUCACGCGGUCCAUCGGCAACCGCGACCUCGCCAAGUACCUCGUGCCGGAGCCCCACGUCUUCGUCGCCGAGAGCGCGGCCUACGAGUUCCUCAUCCUCGCGACCGACGGCCUCUGGGACACGACGUCGUCCGACGAGGCCGUCCGCUUCGUGCGGGCGCGGCUCGCGGCGGCGGCCGCCAGCCCGAGCCGCUACCAGGACGCGGCGACGGCGCUCACGCACGAGGCGCUCGUCCGCCAGUCCCAGGACAACAUCGGCGUCUGCGUCAUCGACCUCCGGAACCGCUCGGCGUAA